CUCCCCAUUUCUCAAACGCGCGCACACAAAAAAAACACACCACACUCACUUUUCGGAUUAUUCCACUUCCAAAACAAUCAACGAAAAUGAGAACCACCUUAUUCCACUCCACAACCAAAAUGACCGCCGCCGAAGCCUCCGCCACCGCCGCCGCAAAAACAACCUUCUCGCCGCCGGCGACCUUCCAGCGGUCGCCGUGGCACUCCCCGGUCCCGUACCUCUUCGGGGGGCUGGCCGCGAUGCUUGGCCUCAUCGCCUUCGCCCUCCUCAUCCUCGCCUGUUCCUACUGGAAGCUCUCCACCUCCGAAGAAGCCAGAGACGGAGACGUGGAGAGCGGCGCAGCCGGGAAAGGCGACGGCGCCGAGGCCGAGAAGGCCCUGCCGGUUUUCGAAGAGAAGUUUCUUGUGAUCAUGGCCGGUGAAGUUAAGCCAACUUAUCUUGCUACACCUGUGUGCAGUAGAAAUGUAUCAUUUGAUGAUGAAAAGGUUGACAACAAAGGAAAAGUUGAAGAAGAAGAAGAAGAAGAAGAAGGAAAGGUGAAGAAAGAUGGUGAAAAUGCACUAGAAAAUGGAGAGCAAUCUCAUUUGAGCCAAUCAAAUUUGAGUUGAUGAAAAUUAUUACUAUUAUAGGGUUGUGAGUUUUGAUCUUUUUUUUAAAAAUUUCUUUUGCUUGUUUUGAGCAAGACUCUUGCUCAAUUUUGUGAGCCAAGGAAAUGUAAAUUUUUUUCUAAUGAGACGAGCACUCAGUUUGGAAACAUUAA